ACAGUAAUUUGUAUUCACUUAAACCUAGAAACAACGUUUUCAUGAUCGGGAAACGGAAGAAAGACUUAAAACAAAGAUCAUCUAUGCACGGACAGCAGGAGUCAGGUUGUAGGGGGAUAAUGUUGUGUUUAUAUUUCCAUUGUGUGACAAGAUAAUGUGUGGGGUGGAUGCAACAGGUGAAAUGAGAGUAUUUCGCAUGGGGAUGUUUAUUCACGAAUUUGACUGAUUAGUGUCAUGGGAAUUUGUACGCGGAGAUAUUUUCUACUGACAAUAUGCAUUUUACAAUUGGUUUCAACAGUUGAACGUCAAGUUUUCGACUUCUUGGGUUACAUGUGGGCACCAAUUCUUGCAAAUUUUUUUCAUAUAAUAUUUGUGAUAUUUGGAUUUUUUGGUGCUUUUCAGUACAGAUCGAAGUAUCUUAUAACGUAUACUGUUUGGAAUAUAGUGUGGAUUGGCUGGAAUGUAUUCAUCAUCUGCUUCUACCUUGACGUUGGCAUAUUGGACAAAGAUAGUGAUGUGUUAAAUCUUGGAACUGGCAGUGUUAGCUGGUGGGAGGUAAAUGGAGCUGGUUGCAAACCUGUUUAUCCCACAAAUCUUACUGCUGAGGACACUGAUGUAUUUCGACCUCUAAGACCAGAAUAUGUUCCUGGUUGUUUCCUUGACUAUCAGUAUGUAGAAAUCUUGCAUGCUUCGGUGCAGUGUUUAUUAGCGGUUCUUGGCACAGUUGGUGGCAUAUUUGUUUGCCAUAUUCUCUAUGAAGAUGAUGAUAGUUCCCAAGUUAACAGUUCCUAUGGAAAGAAAGCAAAUAAUGGAAACCGAAACUCUCUUUAUUCAAUUGAAUUUAGUUCUCCAGAUAAUAAUGCAGAUGACAGUGUAGAAUAUGAUGAAACAGGUCAGAAUGGUAACUCACACUUAUCAGCUCCACAACUUUCUCCACGUCCCAUGACCCCACGCAGAGUGAAACGCCGUAGUGUAAUUUCACGUGGUUCCACCGGCCGUAACUCACAGCAAGAUAAACGGGGUAGUGUGAGGCAUGGAAACACAGUGCGCUCCUCAGUUAGAUCUUCAGGACGGCGGCCGAAACUGCAACACCAGAACCCUGUGACUCGUUUAAUAGAGCAGCAGCAGAGUUUGCAGCAACAACAGGCUCUAGGAGACUCGUCCACAUCAAAUGAUUCUCAUCGAUUGAACAUGUUCGACCCUGCAUCCUCUCAAGCAGACUUGUUAAACAGCUCACAGUGGCGGAAGACUGCUGGUCACACAAACCCCUUGUAUCAGCAGAGUUCUAUGCAGUCAUUAAAUGAGGAAGAAGAUUCAUUCAACAGACCACCUUCAGCAAGAUCGAGUUACUCAAACUAUCAUGGAACACGUCCCAUCAGUUGUUAUGUAGGUUCAAGUGGAAUGAAUUCUUAUUAUGUGCCAGGACAAGCAACAGCUCAAGUACCUGUCAUAAAUACACACCGCCGUAGCAAUCGGUCAAUACCAAAAAGUAGCAGACCGAGUACUGAAUUUUUGAGUUGUGGCCCACCAGCGUAUCAGUUGCAAGGUGCCAUAGACUCUGAAACUGUUAUAUAAUUUUUUUCUUUUAGCACAAAAAAUGUAAAGCAAGCCUUCACUGCCAGAAACAAAUGUGCCUCUUGUAACUGGAUGUUGUGAAAAGUUAAAAUUUUAUUUCUCUAUGGAACUGUGUACUGCAAUUAUUCACACAAAGUGCUCUUGUAUGUGAUUGAUUUGUAUAUGCUGUGUGUACAGUUCGAUGAAUGUUUGGCUCAUCAUACAUAUAUUUUGGAGCAUUAUUUGAAGAUUUGUGGUUUAUUUAAAAUAACUGAAUCACAUAUAACACAACAGUGCUGAGUAAUAUUUUGUGCCUUUCUAGUCAGCUAUUGAAUGUAGUGUUUUGUACGUGAGCAUACUAUCAUAUGUUAUAUGUGAUGGCUAACCCUCAUUAGGCUGUUGCUGGUAAAUUCUAGUUUUCACGCGUCUCGGGAAAACUCCUUCAUGUAAAAUGUUACACCUGGGAAUCAUUUUACAAGGUAUGAAUGUGGAACUGUUAAAUAUGUAAUUUGCUUUGGAAGCAAUGAAUUCAAAAACUUACUUUUAAUACAUUUCUCAGACAUUGUUAUUAAAGCUGUAAAUAUGCCAUAAAGCACCAGGUUUGAGUAACUUCUGUUCAUUGGCAGUGUCAAAUUCAACUUGGCCAGCAGUGUCAGCAAAUGUAGAAGUAAAUUUUGAGGUCACACUUGCAACAUAAUUUUCAGGAAUGUAUAGUUGGACCGUUCUUUUCUAGCUGUUUACAAAUUUUUAUUAAAUGCUUCCAUCCGUCAUAUUCCCCAAAUCCAAGAAGCAGCUCGCCGUAUGUUCUGCAAGUUGGAUUCAACCCACAGUGAUCCCUUAUGAUCUGACUACUUACUAAUGAAUGUGACAGAACCCGACAAACAACAAUUUUUUGAUGUUUGUUUUAAUUUUUCUUCUCGGUAUUUUAUUUUUAACAUAUUACUGCACCCUCAACAAACAAUGAGAGAAUAGCUUUCAGUUUAUCCUUAACACUGAUAUUACAGGCUAUAAUUUUGACUGUUAAAGAUUUCCACUUCCUUGUGAACGGAUGUUACUGCACUUCAAACCAAGUCUCUGCUCCCGGGAUUUUUAUAUCGUUACUGGAGAUGGUGCUGCAAGGACUGUCAAUUAGUGUCGGACCCAAUUUCUGCUUUUUUUCAUUCAUCAAAUGUUUCUGUUCAUCUGUGUCAGUAUCAAUUUAGAAUCCACAUUAUCUUCUUAACAACAAAGGCCUAAUACUUUUAAAAGGUCCAUAAAACGCAUUUCUUACAUCUGAAGCAAUUUUUAUACAUUUUGGCAGCCUGAAACACUGAUAGUUGGUUCUGGUGAGAAGAAAGCAACUUAAUAAAUAGUAGUAAUAAGGCUGUAAAGAUUUAUUUUCGUAACCAGCUUUGAAACUUUCUGACAACUUUGGAUGACACAUAUAUUUAUUAUAACAUCACUUUACAUAACACAGACAAAUAUAACAAAUUUCUAGAACUGGGAAAAUUUUACAAUUGCCUUGAUCAUAUUAAAAGACUGAUUUUUCAAAAUAUGAUUGAAAACUAUUAUUGUGAUUGUGAGAAGUUAAAUGAAAAAUUUGAUCAAUUUUUGUAUUAGUUGUACAAAUAUCAGAAAUAAAACGUAUUUGUGGAAACUGUUACUAUAACUGCAUCAGUCCCUCAGAGGUUUUUAUCUAUCUUUCCAAAACUUCUUUCAAACCACUUCAGCUCAUCACCCUACAAAGUUUAUUGAGUAAUCAUAAGUUUGUUAUUCUACACAUCUUAUAUCACAUGGUGCAUGUCAUUUCGUGGAUCAGUUACGUUGCGCUGUUUAUUUUUAUUCAUCUAAGGAUCACACGUUGUGUUAGUAGAAUGAAACACAGUAACACAAAAUAUAACUGCACACAGAAUUCAUAAAUGUACCCCCUGAAUAUGACAGGUGAUAGGCCUAGCCUUGAAGGAACCAUCCUGGAAUUUACGUAAAAUGAUUUAGGAAAACCACAGAAAACCCAAUUCAGUACGGCCGGACAGAAUAAACUCCAUCCUCCCGAAUAUGGGGGGUCAGUAUCUUAAUAGCUGCACCAUCUUACUCGAUCACUCCAUAUUAUACAAUGUUCUUUGAUUUACAUCCAAUUUGUGUCACCACACACACUAGACACCUGGUGAUGACUUCUGAAUUAUGAAGGUGGCGUUGUGCCCCUGGUGCUGACUCCAGUCUGUUUGACUCCAGGACCAGAAACAUUCAACUAUGCUCCAUGUUUGUCUUCCUGUCCUCCCCUCUGUCUACCUAACAAACUACUACUACUACUAGUAGUAGUAGCAGUAGUAGUAAUUGUGGUUGUUGUCCUCUUCUCUUUCCAUUUUCUGCCAUUUGAAAAUUGUGUCCAGGUUUUGUGUCUCAUCUACAGAAAAGGAUUCCAUAGCUAAAAAUUAAGUGUACAUAGUAGUAAAGUCUUUCUUUCUCAUCGCAGCUGAUAAAUCUCUUCUGAUCCGAGGUUCUGGACUACUUUUCUGUAACUCUUCCCAUUUCCUAAAUCUGGUCAGUCCAGUUCUUUCUCCCCUGCAAUCGUUCUGUCAGGAGGAGGAACCACUGGCUCCUUAAGCUUGCACAUUUCCUUAACUUUUCACCUAACGCUGCUUGAUGCAAUACUGAUUUGAAACCAGUUACGGACUGGUCAAUAAAAAUCAUAAUUUUACUGGUGCAAUUUUAUUAACAUAUUCCACUUUGAAAAUGUCACGGCAUCCCACUGUGUAAAAAUUAAAUCUAAAGAUGUCACAGUCUAAAGAGGUCACAUAAUGUGACUACACUGCGUCAUCCUUUGAGAUAAGUGUAAAAUGAUGAUCUGUGAGCAAAAAGGAAAAGAAUUAUUAUUUGGUUGUAAGACAAUGCUGACAUAUCUCUCUAACUUUACACAUAAUCACUUAAGAUACUGGAACUCACUCUGUAGUUAGGCCUAAUGAUAUGUCUCAGAGAUACAUAUGAAAACUAGGCAGUUAAAUAUAUGUACUAACUAAGAAACAUGUAAGUAAGGCUGUGAUUUCCAAAUGAAAUUUCAUAUACUGAAUAUAGUUAUUCGAAUUUAUCUGCCAAUGAGUAUAUUUACAACAUGCAGCUCUGGUAGUAUGAAGUAUCAAAUCUUGUUAGUAGGUCUUAUUAUUUUCAUUUAAUAAUGAACAUGUACUAUUGUAUUUGACAGUGAUUGUUCACUACAUUUUUUGUCUGUCUUCCAUGAAUAGAAAGCUAUGUGCCUAUUAAUAAAAAAAAAGAAUUUUGAACUGUACUUGCCACUUAAUUUGUAACUGAGUAGUGAGAAUAUAUUUGUGGCAUUUUUGUUGUGAAAAAGUGUUUAAACCUUGUAUCAUGAAAGUGUGUUAAGUGUUCCUGUACACACCAAAAUUCUACAAAUAGCAUUUUGUAUCUGUAUUAAUGUACAUACAGUAUAAGUUGUGUAAUAAUAUGUGAUGACUCGCUGGAGAAAUGUUCUCUGUUAAUGGAAUGUGUGCAAUUAUUUUUGUUGUGUGAGUGGGUACUGUUUUGGCAGAAAGUUCUAAGUUUUUUGGAGACAUUUCUAGGAAAUUAUUAAAGUGUUUUAAAUUCAGAAUAUAAUUAAUAAAGUACAGUGAUAGUGGUUUCAAUACCAACACCUUUGCUUGCAAAAUUUUACAUCAGUAAUUUUUGGUACCCAGGGAAGACAUUAAAACAUUCCAUACAAGAUAUGAUUUGUUGAUUGUUUUUUAAAUUGUAGAAAUGAGAUUGUUUAAUACCUUAAGCUGCUUCAUAGUUUAUUCUUUACUGUGAGUUCAUUGAAAGACUAUUAUCUAGCACAAUUUUUUUUUUGUUAAACAAUGGACAAUCCAGGAAGGAAAAGAAAAGUCGCUACUCACCAAAUGGUGGAGAUGCUGAGUUGCAGAUAGGCACAACAAAAAGACUCUUACAAUAUAAGCUUUUGGCCAACAAGGCCAGAGGCUGCAGAGAGAGAGAGAGAGAGAGAGAGAGAGAGAGAGAGAGAGAGAGAGUGUCUCUCGCCUAUUUUCAACAAAGACCUUAUUGGCCAAAAUCAUAUACUGUGACAGUCUUUUUGUUGUGCCUAUCUGUGACUCGGCAUCUCUGCUUUAAGGUGAGUAGCAACUUUUCUUUACAAAUUUUUACUAACAUGUUAAUUUCCUAAAGGCAAUUGGUGGACAUAGCAGAAGUUCAUGCCUGAUGCCAUGUGCCUGUUGGCGACCACAUUUUUUACGCAGAAACCAGUACACACCCUGAGUAUUUAUUUUACUUUAGUUAGUAUUGCAGCAGAGCUAAAGAAUGACACUUUUUUUUAACUUGGUCACAAAACCAUGAGAGGGUGGACAGUCUAAAGUUACAGAUGACACGCAGGAAAAUAAGCUAUAAGUUAAACAGAUUGGUUUGAAGAUGAACAGUAUUGAUGUGAAACCAAUUAUGGAUCAGUAAAUAAAAAUCAUAAUGUUACUACUGCAUUUUAUUUACUAUUCCACUCUGAACAUGUCAUGGAGUCUCACUGUGGAAAAAAUAAAUCUAAAGAUGUACUUGUCAUGUCACAUAGUGUGUCAGUCUUUGAGAUAACUGCAUAAUGAUGUUCUGCAAGCAAAAGAAUUAUUAUUUGGUUGUAAGACAGUGCUAACGGUAUCUCUGUAUCUGUACACAUAAUCACUUAUGAUACUGAAACUGACUCUGUAGUUAGGCUUAAUGAUAAGUCUCAGAGGUAAAUAGGAAAACUGGUCAGUUAUGUAUAUGUACUAAGUGAGACACAUGUAAGUUAGGCUGCAAUUUCUCGAUGAAAUUUCAUAUACUGAAUUUAGCUAUUCGAAUGUUUCUGCCAAUGAGCAUAUUUAUAUGCAGCUCUGUUAGUAUGAAAUGUCAAAUCUUGUGUGUAGUUCUUACUAGUUUCAUUGAAUAAUGAGCGUGUACUGUGAAAUUUGACAGCGAUUGUUGUUCAUCACACUGUUUAGUACAGCAUUUCUCUUGAUGCCAUGUAAAGUGUGAAGUUGCAAAAAAUUAACUACAAAACAAUGAACAGGAUAUUAUUCCCAACUCUGACCAGAAAUACAAAUUAAUGAACUAUAUUGCACUAUAUACUAUCCUAAACAUAGUGUAGCAUUUCGUCACCUGUGGGUGCUGGGCGUCAGAUGUGAAUCUUUGCAGUGUCUGCCGGCAGCCUUAAGGCAGUCAGUAUGUUAAUAGCAAGAGUGACAAAUAUAUAACAUGUUGACAAAAAUAUAUUAUUUACAACUGUGUGACUAAACAUCAAUUAUAAAUAUUAUAUGCACUUUUUAUAUUUUUAUGUAACUGUUGUUAUUAACAGAAAUCAGUCUUCUUGAAAUCCGAUGCACAAUAAGGAAUAAAUUAAAGAGCAACCUAAGGUAUUACAUUAUACCAUACCUACAAUUCUAUGCAAGUGUUCCUUUAGCCACCAUUACAGAGUAAAGUUAGAUGGCACAAACUAACAGUGUACAAGAAAUACUUAGAUUCAGUUACUUAUUUCUCUUUCUGCUGAUUUAAUGAGGUGUUGACACACUGCUUAGCUCAGUUUCGCUCAAAUCACUGAUCUGAGAUUGUGCCCUUACUUCCACAGACACAAAACUCAAUAUCUACACACACACACACACACACACACACACACACACACACACACACACACACACACACACAUAUAUUCAUCCUUAAUGUGAGGAAAGCAGAAAACAUAGCACAUCUCAGCAAUUUAUCUCUUAUUAUGACAGAUAUUUUCUUUAAAAUAUGCACAAGUUAAAAUAUAGCUUCAUCUCUUCUGAUGGCUACAGUUGAGACCUGUUGAUGCCACUUCAUUUUAUUCUUGAGAAAUUUUGUGUAAUGUUACAAUGACCAUAGCAAAAUGUGCGCUCUUCCCCCUGCUCCCAAAGGAAGUCUGUUUUUCAUUCAGUAGCACACAUCAAAGCAGGUAUUAAUCUAUAGAAUAUAGGAAUUUUGUUUCCUCACUGAAUAUUGAUUUGUUGCAUUAUUCGAAUGGUAUACUGCAGCUGCAAUUGCUCUAGUACCAUAAACAAAAAACUCCUAUAAUUCGAUGUAUUUGUUACCUGUGACUACAUUUGUUCUUAAUAUCAUUUAUCACGACUACCAUGAGGCCUCUGGCUUCUUGGCAGUCAACAUAUCAAAGUACGGUAAUUAUAUUGAGAACAUGAAACUGGACGUCUUGCCUGGUGCAUAAAAAAGCUAGUUGCAACUGGUAACCAAGGUAUGUGAGAACAGUGCAAAAGUUCAAAAGAACUGAUAAUAUUUACGCAGAUGUGGCAAGUCAGAUUGUUGUGUACAACAACAACAACAACAACAACAAAAGGUAUACACUAGUACAACAAAAAAGUUUCUGUAAGUUCAGAAUUUGUAAGGUAAUGUUCUUUGACACUGUAAGAAGAAAACUUGUAAUCUAGCACACAUGAAGUGAAGUGGUUCACCAUAUGUCAAACACGUAGGCAGUCUGUGGCCUUUGGCAUUAUGUUUCAGUGCAUGACUCUUUAUUUGAAUGUUAGAACAUCUGAAUUAUUCUAAGUUCUUUGCUUUUUUGAAUGUUGACUCUGAUAAUCAAAGUGGCUGCAUGCUGUGCUUGAUUAAUGGCAUUAUAACAUGUGCAUGUCUAAACAUUAUCUCUGAUUUUGGAAGUCUUACAAGGCACAAAAAGUACAGAACUGUGAUUUGAGUAACACAGUGAGUGUAAGCUUUAAUAUUACAAUCUCCUCCUGCUUUAAUUUCAAUAUUUGUACAUAGCAAAAAGACACUGCUCAUUUAAUAACCAAAGUAGUGUACCAGGAAUAUACAUAUUUUCCAGCAAUUACUGAAAAUUUAUAACAUCCUGUUUUGUAGCAUAUUUACUUCUCUGUGUACUAUGUGAAUUUUAUUUGCAUGAGUCAGCAUGAAUAUUCUUUAUAUUCAUUGGUGCAGUAAAUACAUUGUUACAGCUUUUCACUAUUUUUGGGCUUUAUUGAUGGAAAUAAUACUGUUUAGUCAUUGUGGAGAAAUCCGUAUCUUGUCCCUAAAAAAAUUCUACUCUGAAUGUUACUUAUUUCUUCAGUAGAGUUUGUGUCGGUAAUUGGUAGUUUUUAAUAGUGCUUUGUCAAAGAGUAUGAUGGUUCAGUAUGUUUGUGAAUGGCAAAUAAAACUUUUUAGGCUAAUAUUGUACCAUGAGUACUAUUGUUGUUUUGUUCUUUGCUCACGUAAGUUUUCUGCAUAUCAGUAUACAUUAAAUUAAAUAUGAUGCCCACAAUACUUUCUUUUUCUCUGAUGAGAAUGCAUUGUAGAUGAUCAGGACGACUGUUUUAUUUUGUUUUUCUUGAAGUUUUGAACUGUUCAUAUUAGAGACCAUUACCUCAAUACCGAUACAUAAUUUUUUCUCAGGCUGUUAAAUGUUUAACAUUAGUACAUUUAGUUAUAGAAGAAUAUUAUUAUUAUUUUUAUUUCAAUGUUUUUAUUAAUACUGGGAAUGGCCUUACAAUGUGAGCUGGUAAUUACUCACCUAAUUUAUUUUUCUAGCAGGCAAUGAUGGUUGAUCUCAUUGUUUUUUUUUUUUUUUAAGACAAUAUUUAAAUGUGCUAUAGCACAUUGCUAUAGCUUUUGUGUGCAAAUUGCAUAUGAAAAGUAACUGCUUGUCUGUUGUACAAAAUAGUUAUCAAUAAUGUGUAACAGAUAUAUUGCCUGUUGGCUUUCAUUUCAGAAUCUUCAGAAGGCAUUUGUUUAAUGAAUUUUCUGGAAUUUUGCCAUCAUGACUAGCUGACAGUGUCAAAUAUUCACCCUCUAUUGCAGGUGGCGAACUGAAGUAGAGCCUGUGUCCAGUGGUUAUAUACACUAGCCCUGCCAAUGUCUGAGGACCUUUUCCUAGUAAUUACGACUGGUUUCCUCUUGUCAUCUGUAACAGUCAUUUGCUGCAAUGCAAGGAUCCAGAAUCUGUUUAUUUUGAGGAUUUGUUCUUUCUUGUUAAAAUGUUGUGAUGGUUAUGAAUUUCAAAGGUUUCCCUGAACAGACAGACAUGUUAGCUCUUCUCCACAAUAUAAAAUUACAUAUCAAUCAAUUUUAUUCCAUGGUUGGUCUCUCACAGCAUGUGCUCCACCUGUACCAACCUGCAUUACCAUGGCUCACUGUGUGACAUCGACUAUGAAAUAAAAUCUGCUGACACAUGGGCUCCCAUUAUGGAGAACAGCUACCAUGCCACUUUGUCCAGAGAAACCAUUGAAAUUAAUAAGUAUGUCAUUAGUUAAGAAAGGAGGCAUCCUCAAGAUAAAUGGAUCCAAGAUUUCUGUGGUGCAGCAAACAACAAUUGCAGCUAACAUGGUCAGAACUAUAGCAGUAAUCACCAGGUAAAGGCUAUCAGACAUUCUUGCAGGAAGUGUAUGUAAGUAUUGGCCGUACCUUUGCCUCCAGUCUGCCAUCAGCAAUGGAGGGUGGAUCUUCGCUAAUGCCAGCCAUUUGUUUUGGCGAUACAUCACUUUUACUUAAACUUAUGGACUGACUUUUUUCAGUUUCAUAAACAUUUUAUUUUUAUCUGUUAUUAUUUUUAUGUUGUAAUUUGAUGUAUUGACACAUUCCAUGACCUUGGAGAUAUGCUCCUCAGUUUGGUCCUACGGAACUUGAGACAUGUAAAUAAAAAAAAAUAAGAAAAACGAUAAAUCAGAAAAGUUAUUAAACACAACUCUGCCUAAGAUCCGGAAACUAAAGCCAACAGACAACAUGUCAAAAAGUGGCCACUGAAGCCUAAAUAGUUUUGUAAUUCUUUAACUGUUAUAUUAUCUCAGGCUCUUGUACUCCUCACAGUGUGGUAGCCACACACUGUUCAUCGGCACACUCUGUAUUGCUUAAUCCUUUUGGAGACAGAGGUGCACAUAUCAAGUCCCUUGCAUUGUAUUUUUAUGGUUCGUAGGAAGGUAUUAUUUAUCUGCUAAUUCUUAAAGCUUUUUGUGUCAUUUCUCUCUGAUAAAUAUUUUUAGUUUAUGACUUGUCAUGGUGGAAUUUGUUUAGUUCAAUAAUUGUACAUAAUUAGAAUUGGGAAUAUCUACCGCAAAAAAUAGCUAAGGGCAACUCGUGAACCUCAUUUGGUAUUAAGUAAAAUUGGAAAUAAUAUUUGUUGUGUUAUUUAUUUUACUUAUCACUAUAAUUCUCCACAAUCAGUCUUAAAAUUACUGAUAAAUAUCUUCUCUCAAAAGCCAAAGAAAUUACUGUCAUUCUGAUACUGAAGAUUUAGCCAAAGGAAUGUGUGUGAAGCUUAAUGCUGUACAGUUGGGGAAGUCAAGAAGAAAAAUUGUGUUUUAAUCUCUCGAGAGGCUCUAUUGCAGUCACUGAAACCAUAAAACUGACAAUGUGAACAUGGUUACGUGUAAUUAGUGACACUUUAUACAUUCACAUGAAUGCCAUCAGACAUUUUCAUCUUGUGAUAAUCGUUGACAUGGCUCCAGUGAUGAACUGAAUUUCAAUAGUGUCUUACACAAUUCCUAAAUUAAGGCAUUGUUUCUGUAUUGGUUAAAAUUUAAAUUGAAGGGAAAACGUCGGAGUUAUGUGGUGCAUUGGUACUGGGAUUCUGAGAGAUGGAUUCAGAUUAAUUUUUUGCAACAUAUGAGGGUUUGUCAUAGCAAGAUUUACUGUGAAUGUGGCGUAGAAAUUUGAUCUCAGGAAUUUUAGUCUCUGCUAAAUGACAUCCAUCAUAGCUGAAUAAAUACAGUGUUUGUUUAUUUUCAUUAUAUGUAUGUUCUAUUUAUGCCAAAUUUGUUUGUCUCUGUAAUAAUACUGUUAUUUUAUAUUAUUUUUAAUCCCUGGAACUAUGAAAAUAUAUGACACACAUUUGUUAAAUUACAGUUGUUAUCCAAUCAUUAAAAGAUCAUAGAUUUACAAAGAUGUAGCAUUAUUUUAAGAGAUACCAUAAAAAUAUUCAAAAGUCAGCUGAAAUUUGUGAUUCUGAUCUUGAUCGCUGUUGCUGACUUUGACAAUUCUAAAGUAAAUAAGAGGCUCACUUUUUCAUAGUGCAUUUGUAGUCAGUCUGCAUUAAUUUUAUGGUAAUUACUCCAAACAUAAUGCCUUCAUAAAAGAAAGACUGCAUUUAUUCACUUGAAUAUUUUGUAUUUGGGAUGAAUCACAUAAGAUGUAACCUGCCUUUUAUUUAAUGAACAUUUUAAGAUAUUUAAAUAUUUGCAGCAAAUGAUACCACAAAAUGUGGCACACAAUUUUGUUGUAUGAUUGAUACUCCUAAUUCAUUUAUCAGCCAAGAUUUGAAGGAAGUGUGUUUUUUAAUGGAAAUAUGUACUUUUAAACAGCAUUAAGAAAUUCUUGAAUAAGACAGUGUUAAUGAUAUAAUGUUUGUUAAUAUUGAUGCUGAAACUUUUUGCAAAAAUAUGCAAGAAAUGCACCAAAAUUGAAAGGCAAGGGGCCAGAAAUGGCUUUGCGAUGUAAACACUGGUUAAUGGGGCUAUCAUGCUGGCUCCAUCAUUGUCCAUAACAAGAAGGUAGGUCUAUGUGAGUAAGAUUUAACAUACAAGGUGUCUAACCAACUUGUAUAUGUGCUCUCCUUGUGGCAAAUGCAGUAUCUAGUUGGUGUUCUAGUUCGGUCAAAAUCCAUCCUAACAUGUCAAUAUAAACUGUUUCAAUAGCUGCCAUUAUUGUUGCCCACCAGAUGCAGUACGUUUUGGCUUGUCAUCUGGUUUGAUUCACUGUAGCAAUUGCAGUUUGUACAGAAACAGGUGACUACACUUUCAGAGUACCUGGUGCAGUUCCUUUGUGCCAUUUGAACUGACUUCUGUGUUGAAUGCUGGAAAACCUGUUGAAAUCUCUAUGUAUCUUUGUCACUUUCUCCUUGACUUGCCUACUGGGUGCUUCAAAUCCACACCCCCUGUUUCUUAUGGAUGGCCAAGACAUUGGUGGUUGCACAUAACACAUUCCAAAAUUUCUCUGAACUUGGAUGUCUGACUGUGUUUCAAUAAGCCUAGUCACACCCUGUUCCUUUUCCUAUGCAUACUUCAUUCUACGAUUCCUUUGUGAUGGUCCUACCUCUCUGCAACAACAAAGAAAAAUCUUUUUUCAGUUAUGUUGCUUAUGUCACGCAGAAAGGCAAAAUAUAUUUUAUUCAUUACUUUAUAUUUAAAAAAACUUUGUAUAAGCGAUGCUGAACAGCUUUUAGAAAGGUCAGAAAGUGCAUUGCAAAAUAUAAUGCUGUACUUCUAUUUUAUUGACAAUCAAUUUCGACCCAACAUCGGACCACCUCCGGGUCUCCUGCACCAUAAGGAGAAAACUUAUUUUCUCCUUUUGGCGCAGGGUACUCAAAGGUGGUCCAAUGUUGGAUCAAAGUCUAUUGUCUUCAAUAAAAAUAGUAGCAGAGCUGUAUAUUUUGCAAUUCAAUUCAUAACUUUACUUUUUUCUCUAAGUUCAUUACCAGUCGAGUUAUAUGAUGCUGGAGUUGUAAAGUACAUUUUGAAACAGCCUGUAUUUCUUCUUGGCCCUGCUUUAUAGAACAUAGAUAUAGAAUCAUUUAAGAUUGUCGUAAAUGGAACUAUGUGCUAAUUUCUAUCAUGUUGGAAGGAGCUUAGGAAUGUGUGCACAAAUUCAUGUUUAAGUGAACAGGUUUCGUGGAAACAAUUAAACAGCCAAAAGGCUUGAUACAACAGCAGUACUUGGCAUGAGAGCCUCGCUUGGCAGAGUUUACAUCAAAGCAGCCAAUUCUGGCUGUGUUCCCUUUCAAUUUGAGCACAUUUCUUAUAUAUUUUGUGCAAAAUGUUUCAAUGUCAAAAUAAACAACCUUUACAUAGCUGUAUUUGUCUUUUCAAGAGCUUUUGAAUGCCAUUAAAACCUAGGCUUAUUAACAAUACAACAAAGUGUCUCUGCAUACUAUCUUUUGGCAAAAACUCAUUUGUGUGUGUGUGUGUGUGUGUGUGUGUGGGGAGAGAGAGAGAGAGAGAGAGAGAAAGAGAGCGAGAUUUCCAAUAAUUGCUGUUACCCAGAUUUCUUCCCACAACAAUGUAAACAGUGAGUGAAUUCCAUGUGAUUUGUUGUUGAAUGGUAUGAAGAGAUAUGAAGAUACAUCUUCUGCUCUCUCCAGGAGGCCCUGCUGGAGGUAGCUACCAGUAGAUAUACCUUCUUUUGUAACAGUAUAUUUUGGAUUACUGUAAGGAGUGCUUGUACAGUACAGUUUUUGUUUGUGUUGUGGGGUAAAUACAGGAAAGGAAAGAUUGGAAGCAGGUAACCUCAUAUAGCCCUCCUCUUGAAGAACCUUACACUUAAUGUCCAUGUCUGAUGGACAUAUUACUGUAACAGUUGUUCUGUAGUCUCAUGACAUGGGCAGUGAUGGAGAGCUGUGAAUUUUAAUUCAGACAGUUGGCAAACUUUUUAAAAAUGUCAGGAAAUUUUAGUAGAUAAUCCGUUUUUAAGAGUUUUGUAUUGUCCGGAAUUGUUUCCUGUCAUUGAAGGCCUAAUUUGAGAGGUAUCAAGGACUACUAGCUUUAAAAUUCCCAUAUGCAACUGUACCACAUUGUGUUAGAUACUGAUACUGAUGCAGACCAUUCCAUGUAUCAGAACACAGUUGAAAUCACACUAGGUCGUCUUUGACAGGAUCUCACUGCACUUGAGAUAAGUUUGUUGAGUCUUUCUGCUUUCAAAUACUUGAGUGUGUCAUGUCCAAGAAAUAUGUAAGAAGUCUAAAUCUGGAAAAUCAAAGCAGGUUAGUGUAGUCUUGUUGCCAUUUAAUAGUGUGAUGGUGCACACACAACUGUGGAGAUACCCUCUCAUUCAUUUAUCCCUAUGUUGUUUUUAAACAAAGUGUAUUUGUCGCAGUCACUUUUUGUGUGAGUGCUGCAUAGGUAAAAUGUAAGAUACGCUUAUUGGUCUGCACUAUGUAUCUUAUUGCUAAGUUCCAACAAAAUGUCUGACAGUGUCUUAUAUCAAUUGAAGAAAUAGUCUUUCUGGAAAAAUUAGUCUUUGAAAUAAUCCUGAUAUACCUUCGAAUAUAGGCUUUAUAUCUGCCCCCAAAGUGUGUGGUACUUGGACUGUUGCAUGUUUUAUGUGAGGUACAGAUUUUGUUGUGGUCAUAAAGUUCAAGCCCAGAAUAUGCACAGUAAGGUCCUACUAUAAAGACAUGUAUUGUUUCUUUGUUUUGGUGUCA